AUGGAUGAUAAAAAAGAUGAAUUAAAUACUUCAAAUGUAACCACCAGUAACAAUAAUACAAAAAAUAAUAACAAUAAUAAUCUAUCAUCAACAAUUGAUGUACCAUCGAUACCCAAACAAAUACCAUCAUCAACUUCCAUACAAACCAACUCAACAACCACUGUCCAUAGUCCAAAUAAUAACAAAAUAAGUUCAACUUCAACUCCAAAUACAAAUUCAUCAACAACUGAUUCUUCCACUUUAUUAGAAAAUGAUUCCAAAAUCAAGACAAUCCUAAAUUCUGAUUCUGCAUUAGAUAUUCUACUGAAUAGAUUAAAACAAAGUUUAUUAACAGCAGAAGAAUUUAGUAAAUUUAUUAAAAAGAAAGCUCAAAUUGAAGAUGAACAUUAUAAUCAAUUAAAAAAAUUUGCAAAUAAUAUAAGAACAAAUAUGAAAAAUAAUAGUAAAAAUUUAAAAAAUGAUUCAUUACAAUUUCAAAUGGAUAAAAUUAUUGGAUUUGAUGAAAAUUUAUAUGGAGUUGGUUCAAGUUAUGUUACUGCUUUAAAUACAAUGUAUGAUGAAUUAACUUCUUUAAUAAAUACAAUAACAAGAUCUAGAAAAAUUGUUAAAGAUGAAUAUAGAAAAAAAGAUAAAGAAUGUAUAGAUUCAAUACAAUCAGCAGAAAAAUCAAAACAAAGAUAUAUGCAUUUAUGUGAUGAUUUAGAAAGAUUAAAAACUUCUGAUCCUUCAAAAAAAUCAUUUAGUUUAAAAAAUAAAUCUGUUGAACAACAAGAAGAUGAUUUACAAAAAAAAGUUGAUAUGGCAGAUCAAGAAUAUAAAUCUAAAGUUUCAACUUGUAAAAAAUUAAAAGAUGAGAUCUUGGUAAUUCAUCGUCCAAAUAAUUCAAAAAAAUUAAAAAAUUUAAUAUUAGAAAUGGAUAUUGCAUUAAAUGUUCAAUUACAAAAAUAUGCAACAUGGAAUGAAAAUUUAAUAAUGAAUUCUGGUGUUUUAUUAAGUCCUUUACAAUCAAAUAAACCUUCUAUGAAAUCAAUGGCUUCAUCAAUUGAUAAUGAAAAAGAUUUAUAUAAGUACCUUAUUGAAAAUGGUUCACAACAAUCAAAUAAAUCAUUAACUCCAAUUGAAUAUCAUAUACAUCCUUCAUUAAUAAAAGCAAAAGAUAUUGGAAAACCAUUUUUAAAUAAUACAAGUAAUAAUAAUAGAACUAAUAGUACAAGUAAUAUAAAAGCAGCAGUAUCAUCAAAUCAAUGGAGUAACAACAACAGCAAUAAUAACAGUAAUAAUCUCAAUAAUAACAAUAACAGUACUAGUAGUACGAAAAACUUAUCUACUCCUUAUGCAGGUAAUUUAUUACCAACUAAAUCAUCAAAUCAAAUAUCAUCAGAUCCCAAAAAUUCAUCUCCAAAUAACAAUUCAACAUAUCCUACAACAUCUCCAAUUAAAGAUCCACCACAAGGAUAUUCUUCAUUAGAUCCAGGAAGUUCACCAUCAACUCCAAAUUUAAAUGGUCCAAAACCUUUUAAUAACAUAACAACAUAUAAACAACCAACAUUUGGAGUAUCAAUAGAAGAAGUUAUAAAAUUUGCAGGAAUAGAUAAUGUACCAUUAAUUGUACGCAGAUGUAUUGAAAUUAUAGAAAAUUAUGGAAUUGAUUUAGUUGGAAUAUAUAGAACAAGUUCAAAUAUAAAUCAAGUUACAAAAUUAAAAGAUUUAAUUGAUUCAAAUUUUACAAAUUAUUUAACCAUAGGGGCAAAUAUAAAUCCAAAUAAUAUUAUUGAUAAUAAAAUUUUUGCAGUAGCAUCAUUAUUAAAAUUAUAUUUUAUAAAUUUACCUGAACCCCUUGUAACAAAUUUAGAAUCAAAAUCUUUUAUUGAAACAGUAAAAUUAAAUGAUGAACAUUUAAUUGCAAAAAAAUUACAUCAUUUAGUUUUUAAUUUACCUGAUGGUUCAUAUUUUACUUUAAGAAGCUUGAUAUUUCAUUUAAAUAAAAUUUCAUUAAAUGAAUCAAAAAAUAGAAUGAAUAAAAAAUCGCUUUCGAUUAUUUGGGGUCCUGUUAUUUUUAAUGAUAAUUCUUCAAAUGCUCAAGAUUUAAGUUAUAAAAGCAAAGUUGUUGAAGAAUUAAUGACUAUUGCUAAUGAUAUUUUUGAAGUUGAUGAGGAAUAA